AUGGCCGCACAAGUCGAGUCGCCCGAGUCGAAGCUCAACGGCAUCGAUGCGCAAGACGCAUCUGCCAAGGCGGGCAGCUUCAGCGUCGACAAGUCGCAGAUCCCUCGCCCGUACAAGUGCCCGCUCUGCUCGCGCGCCUUCUACCGUCUCGAGCACCAGACGCGGCAUAUCCGCACGCACACCGGCGAGAAGCCGCAUCUCUGCACGCACCCCGGCUGCGAGAAGCGCUUCAGCCGCAGCGACGAGCUGACGCGCCACGUGCGCAUCCAC